UUUUUUUUUAGGUUUUCAAAUGGCUGAUCCUUUUCUAUAUAAUACUGGAGAAAGGUCUCACUAUGGGUGCCUUGGCCAUGAAGUACAAAUUGAGUACCUUAAGGCAUAUGUUUGUAGACCACCUUUUUCCACGGACAAAGCUGUGAUUGUGGUUCAUGAUGUAUUUGGAUGGCAGUUCCCAGACAUUAGAUACAUAGUCGAUUUGAUGGCAGGUCAUGGGUAUAUAACCAUCUGCCCAGACUUCUUCAAGGGAACAAAACCCUGGACAUCUAGAGAUCACUGGGCUGACUUUCCUGACUGGAUGAAAAAUCAUGAUCCUAUGAAAGUAGACAAGGAAGCUGAUGUUGUCUUGAAGUAUCUAAAGGAACAAUGCGGUGCAAAGAAGAUUGGUAUCAUUGGGUUUUCCUGGGGUGGAAUGGCAGUACAUCACUUGAUGCUGAAAAAUCCUCAAUUAACCGCUGCGGUGUCCCUCUAUGGAAUAGUUAGAGACUCUGAAGAAAGAUACAGUUUACUAAAUCCCACAUUUUUCAUUUUUGGUGAGAAAGACCACACUAUUUCUUUGGAUCAGAUCUUCUUAUUGGAGGACAAGCUGAAACAGUAUUGUAAAGUUCCAUAUAAAAUUAAAGUUUAUCCUGGGCAAGUUCAUGGGUUUGCACAACUGAAGCCAGAAGAUAUGAAACCUGAUGAUAAACCUUAUAUUGAAGAAGCUAGAAGGGAUAUGAUUGAUUGGAUCAAAACGUUUGUUUGACAAUAGCAGAAAGAAAUGCUAGGCUUCAAGAUCAGUGAUUGAUUUAAUUUGAGAGAAGGAAACAGUCAAGGGAAAAAUAUCUCAUUUUGAAAGUUGUCAUAAACUAAAAUAGGAACAUUUUAAUUUAUAGCUUUAAAUUAUUUUUGACAAUAUUUAGGGAAGAUUGUGAAAUAAAAGUCAGAGUAAAGGAUGAUUAGGCAUUAAAAAGCUUUUUGACCUUUUUUUUGCUUUUUAUUUGCUUUAUUAUUUUACAUUAUUACCUUGAUAGCCAUGGUAGUAUUUAGCCAUUUUUCUUUGCUAGUAAGCAUGACUUCAUCAUGACUUUACUUGAGUAAUUUCAGGCUUUAUUUUGGUAUGAUGAUUGGUGGUCAUAGGUGUUCCCAUGGAAGUAUGCUGGGUUUGCAUACAGAUAUUUUCUUUUAUUACCUACAAAGUAUUCUUCUCAAACAAACCCUUGGCUAUACUAAGGAGUUAGGAAGAAAUGAUGUUGUUAAGUGACACCCUCCAGGUAUUCCCUUGGCAAAAUUAAGAAGGGUACUUCUGGUAUUCCUUCAUCAACAUCAAGGAAAAACAUAAACUGUCCUCCUGUGGAAGUAACCCAGACACAAACACUGCAGAAACAGUGGCUUUUAUGUCAUGGUGAAAUUGUGGUGAUCCGGCAUAGGACUCAUGCAAUCCUGAUUAUAUUUUUUGCUGCACAUUAUAUCCUUGUUCCUCUCUCAAGUUCUUCCUCCUUAUCACCCUCAUAACCUCCCAAUAACUUAAUAUAAAAAAAGCAUCCCCAUGCACACUCACUCUGCCCAUGUGUGUUUUUUGAAUUUCAUUGCCCGGGUAAUGACUUGGCAAUUAGUGAUUACUCAGAGAUUCUCUAAGGAACCCAUCAUCCUUUAAAUUUUCUACAUUUGUCAGUUUCUCACCCUGUCACCUUGUUAAUGUUGCCAUAAGUUAAGGCUAGCUAGCUACAUUAAUAUGACUUUCCCUUUGAUAUCAGGCAGUCUGGCAGUUUCACACAUUGUUAUCCCCUCAGUGUAACUAUAUGGUCAUGGCAUGCUGGUUGUCCACACACCUCAACAGACCAAGUAUGUUAAACAAUAGUUGCUCAAUGAUCCUCUUAAAAGGGCUUUUUUAAGUACUCUGAGUGAGAUGGAUGGGAGAAAUACCAACAAGACAUUAUCAAGAGGCCAAAAAAAAAACCAAAAACUUCACUGGCAACUAUAGAAAAUCAGAGAACUUUGGCAAAAGGUUUAGAGCAGCAUUCUACCAACAUAAAACUUCUCAGUGUUAUUC